CUACGCUAUCAUAGCAGAGCAAUAACGAAACGCACUGAACCGUUUCCGAACGCUCUUAAAAAAAAAGAUCUGUCAGCUGUCAGCUCUAAAAACGUCGCGCUCAAAGCAAAAACAAACUGCUGAGUUCGUUUUUAACAUGAUUUCCCACUCGAAUAAAAUGAAAUUAUCUAACCAUAAGAUAUUUCAGGACCUUAGUGAAAGUUUAAAGGAGAAUCCAAGUGGAAAGUUGCGUAAUUUGUUAGAAUUAAGAGAUGAUGUGUUGUACGUUUGGAAUUCAAUUGAGAACUGUUUAGCGAGCUUAAAUUUGAAGCAUUUGGAGGAACACGAUGAAGAAACCCCUUAUCAGAAACUAUGCCUCCUCUCACCGCCGCAGUACACAGUGGAACGCAUCACCACCAGCAGCUGUGGCAGUCGCGUCUGCAUCUGGGGUUCCCGUGGGGUCACCGUAGUGGAGCUACCCUCACGAUGGGGCCGAGGAGGCCUGUUCGAUGAUGGCAGUCAGACAGUGCUGUGCAAGAGUUUUUCCCUGGACGAACGCUUUCUCUACUCACAAGGGGAAGUCCGUCGUGUGCAGUGGCACUCCAGCUCGCUGUCGCACCUGUGGGUCCUGGUCUCUGACAACACCAUCAGGCUAUACAAUAUCGCCCUGAAAUCCGGUCCGAAACUCGUCAAGAUCUUCACCAUCGGCCCUAAGCCAGCGGGUCUCCUAGCAUCACGACCUCUCCUGGACAGCUUGGGGGACACAGCUGUCGACUUCACUACUACACCUGGAUCUGAUAGUCUUCUGAUUCUGAGGGGAAACGGCGACGUGUAUAUGAUGGAGUGUGACUUGGAAGUUAAAACAUUGCAGCACAAACUAACCGGGCCGCUAGCAAUGUACCCUCCAGCGGACGAUAACUACGGCUCCGAGUCCUGUUCCAUCACAGCUCUCUCUAACAGUAAAGACAUGCCGCCAUUAGUUGUGGUGGCUACCUGUUCUGCUCAACUUUACCACUGUUUUCUCCUACCCAAUGCCACGGAGAAAGAAGACAGCCAUGCCCUGUACGUGGUGGAGGCGGUGGAGCUGAGCAUAGUCCUGAACCCGGACGACAAUGUAGACAUGCAGUACUCUUACCCAGUGCAUCUCUACCCGUGUACGAACAACAGCUACGCCUGCAUGCAUGCCGGGGGCGUCCACACCGUCACCCUUCCCGUGCUCAACCAGCUCAAGGACUACGCCUUAGCUGACGAGGCGGAAAGCGAAACGCAACUGUCGGCCAUCUUGUCUCGCACCAGCGUCGCCCGCCAUCUUGUGUGCACAGCGGGCCCGCGGGCUGCUUUAAGGCCGCCGGUGGGCGUGGCGCUGACGCCGCCGCCGCUGCCGGCGCUGCUCGUGCUCUGUACCGACGCCACGGUGCUGUCGCGGACGUUGGAACCGUAUGACUUGGAGGAUGAGCUGUACAAAGAGCUGCAGCUGCGGAACCCGGCUCUAGAACAAGACGACAUUAACAACAUACUGAAAGAGAGACAAAAGCUUUCAUUCACAGCGAUUAUCCAAGAAAUUUUGGCCAGAGAAGUAUCGCAGCCGAUCCUCAACAUCAACAGCAAGGAAGAACCGAGCCCGAAGGAGAGUCUAGAGUUCCUAACUGCAGCGACUCUAAAGCUCGGCGGCGAGUACAUGUCGCGGCAGCAGAGGGCCGCGGACGCCGUCGCCAGGAAGCUGGCCGCUCUGCGGGCGCUCGGCCGGCAGCACGACGCGUGGUGCCAGGACUUGAAGAGAGACAUCGACGACGUGACCCUCCAGUCGACGGUGUUGAAAGAAAAGGCCCUUCUCGCCGAAAAACACCAGGAUGAUAUUAAAUACAGGUGUUCAGCAGUAAUACGCCAACUACGCGCGGCCGCGCCCGCCACCGCGGCCGAGCGCGAGCUGCUGGCCGAGCUGCGGCGCUACCGGCGCGGCGGGGAGCAGGCCGCCGAGCAGAUACAGCUUCUCAAGAAACACGCCCGCAACAAACAUGAUGAAUUCAACAGAUGGCACGAUGAAUACAAGCGAAAGGACAUCGCGCUCGGCAAAUCUCACAGUGAUACUAUCUCCUCGAUACUGCAGCAACAAACUAGUAAAAUCUCCACGCUGAUUGAAGAAACCAAAUUACUCAAAGAUCAACUCAGUAUAGUUUAAUUUCUAAAUAAAACCGGAAUAAAUUUUCAUUCUUAUGUGAAAUGUGAAUGUUACUUAACUCUUUCAUCUAACUGUGCCAUUUCAUAGAUAUUCUCUGAUUAUUACAUUUAACCCUAAUUAAUUCGAAACUUAUGAAUAUUCCAAAUUUGUGUAGAAUGUAUAAAAUUCUUCGUGGUAAGAGCUACAAGAUGUGUAUUUUUGUACAUUAAUGCGUCAUCAACGAAGAAAAACAAUUAAAAUUGCCCUUUAGGAACAGAAAGUUGAAUUCUCACAAGUUGAAAUCCCAAAAUGUAAUAUACUUUGCCAGAAAGUUGAAUUUUUCAAUUUCGCAAAAUGUAGAAUUCUUAUCAUUUUGAAAUAUUUAAAAGUUCAAUUCCUAUUGCUUCGACUGACACCCUCAACACACGGAACCUAAGCGUAAACGUUGCGUAAGCGUAUCGUAAAAACGUUACGAGUACGAGACGCGUCGAGUUCUGGGCACCAAGCGUCGCGUAAGCGUAAUUGUUUUAUGAGUGAAAACUCAUUAGUUGAAAUCAUGGCGUCGCUGGCGUCAGAUGUCUUCGGCGGAUGUAUCGACGAUCUUACUUUCUCGUCAGAUGAAGAAGAUUUAUUGUUCGAUUAUGUCAGAAGUUUUCUUUUUAACGCGUGUAUCGCUACGCCUGUUGUAAUGACAGAAAUCUCAUACGCUACGCUACGACGACGCUUCGUGUGCGGACUUGUUUGAAGUUGUCCGCGCUCGUAGCGCUCCCGUUUUACGCGCGUAUUACGAUACGCUUACGCGUCUCUUACGCUUACGUCGUGUGCUGAGGGCCUUAGGGUCAGUUGUACCAACCACGUUUAGCGGACUGUACCCCUAGUGUAAAUAUUUUCGACAGCGAAACGUGACGUACGCGUUUGCGUUAAGUGUCAUUUUGUAUGAGAUUUUUGACUUUCCAAAAGGUCCCGCUUGGCGCGCUGUUCAAAAACCCAUACAAAAUGAGACUUAACGCAAACGCGUACGUCACGUUUUGCUAUCGACUAAAUUUACACUAGGGGUACUGAUCAACGUCACUCAGCAGUCAACUAUGAAACUUCUAAUACUAGUAGUAAUAAUAGUAAAAAUUUACCGAACGCUUUAACGUUGACAAACAGUUUUGUGCAACCGAGCCUUACCCGCGUAUGUUUAAACCAAACAUUGAUUGAGUAAGAUGCAUAAAGUCUAAGACGAUUUCUUGCUUCGAAUUUGACAAGUAAACGAGAUGGCGCUGUACAGCUUCAUACAUUUUGCGGUAACUCUGUCAAAACUUAACGUUUUACAGUUUAAUGACCGGUAAAAAUAUAGGGACCGUGCGCGUAGGAGGGUCUGCCAUCUUGUGGCCUGAAUCGGAACCAUAAACAUGCACAUGUACACGUCAAGUGUUUUCUUGUGCAUAGUAGGUUCUGCCAUCUUGUGGGCUACAUCAGAACAAAAAACAUCACAUUUACGCCUCGCGCCAAAAAUCUGACGGCUCCUGUGCUGCCUCCUACAGUUCAUGCACGCUCCCUAUAUCUGUUUUAUAUAUCAAAUUAAGGGGCACGUUUUUUUCUUAGCCUUUACCUCUUUAUUACAAUCAAUUAUCUUCGGUUUAAACCCAAGUCUCAGGUAGAUCUCGCAUGUACGUCAUUCUACUUUUUGUUGUACAUAAUUCUACUAAUAUCUCAAGUCCCCGCUGAAAACCAAGCGCCACGGGUUGUCGCGGCAUUAUGCUGAGUCGGGAUCCCAUUUUAGCGUCCAAUGUUUUUUUUUAUCUCAUCUUCUUUUCCAAAUGUGGCGUUAAAUGUAUUUUACAAGCUUUUAUUUACUUUCACCUGACCGUUGUCUGUUUGUAAUCAAAUCUUGCAAGUUAAAUUUGAUCUACUUCCCGGUUUCCGAUUGAGCUGAAAAUUUGCAUACAUAUGUAAGUCGGGUGACAAUGCAAUAUUAUGGUACCAUCGAGCUGAUCUGAUGAUGGAGACAAGAGGUGGACAUAGGAACUCUGUUUAAUGACAAUCUAAUUGUGUUUGGGGUUUUUAGAAUUUGCUAAAUGAGUAUUAGUUGCCUGUGGAAAGAAAAGUACAGUCAGCGAUAGAAAGCUUGUACCAAAAAUGAAAUUUUUGCCAAAAACUUUUCUUUCUUUCUUUCUAAAUUUUUGACACAUUUUCGUAAAAUGCAUGUUUUGGAAUACUUGGCCAUUACUUUCGUUUUGUGAUGGAGAAACAGGCUUAUUUAGGCUAUCAGUCCCGAUAGCUUUGUUUAAUAAAUAACGACUGUAAAUAUUCUUGAUCCCAGUAACUCAGUGGUCCUUUCUCUUUCCGAUUUGUAUGAAAAUAAACCAUUUAGCACUGCGUUACCAUCUUUUUACAUAAAUCAAUAUUAAUUUAUGAAGCUUGAUCAACAAAUUCCUAUUAUUUGGUUCAGUAUAAUUUGGAAAUUCAAUAUUUAUUCACGAAUUCAAUAUCUAUCAUACUUUUUUCUGGCAAACUAUUAAUGGCCAUUAAAAAGUAGAAUGACCCAUAUGUAACGCCAAUUUCACCAUUUUUUUUUUUUGGUAGUUCCAAACCUGUAUUUCUAUUAUUUAUAAUCUUUUGCUGAACUGUAUUACUCUAAUUAAUUAAGUUUCGAUUUCUACAAAAUUAUUGUAAUUUAGAAUUAAAUUGUAAUCUUACGGAAUUGCAAUUGGCUGUUGAUUUUUGUUUGUAUUGUCAUUGGUGUUUGAAAUUAAUAAAUAAAUGUAAUUAAUGAUCAUUAUUAA